UGAGUUAGUGCUGUCGGGCUGAGCAGGGAGCUCACACACAGCUACAGUGUGCUAUCCCCAUAACAACAUGCACUAAUCCUCCUCUAAUAGCACAGUAGCAGUAGGGGGAGCCCAGGCUGCAUUUGGCAGCACCACCCCCUGCUUGUGUCUGAUAACACUGCCAUGCAUUGCUCUCUACGGGGAGGGAGUUCUCUAUGACAGGGGAUACCUGCUCUUCAGUUAUCCUCGCCUUCUAAGUGUACAGCUCAGUGCAGGACGUAUGUCAGGCUGGAGAGGCUGCUGAGCACCACAGCAGCACAUUCUUUGGCUGGGGAAGAAUUACCUUCAAUGUAACAGUACAGUGAGAUACUAAGACUGAUUGGCUCCACUUAUUUGGGGUUAAGCAAACCAGGAAGUAUUUAUUGAAAGAGGAACCGAGAACGGAGAAGAGGAAGGGGCACUGUAAGGUUAACUCUUGCUGUGUGCUUGACAUCUGAAGUCUUACUUGUUGCCAUGGCUCGUGAGAAUGGAGAGAAUAGCACCUCCUGGAAAAAGCAGGUUGAGGACAUAAAGAAGAUUUUUGACUUCAAGGAGGUUCUUGGCUCGGGAGCAUUUUCAGAAGUUGUUCUAGCUGAAGACAAGGUGACUGGUAAACUUUUUGCAGUGAAGUGUAUUCCAAAGAAAGCGCUAAAGGGGAAAGAAAGCAGUAUAGAAAAUGAAAUUACUGUUCUGAAAAAAAUCAAACACGAGAACAUCGUUGCCAUGGAAGAUAUCUAUGAGAGUCCAAGCCAUUUGUACCUGGUCAUGCAGCUAGUGUCAGGUGGAGAGCUGUUUGACCGGAUUGUGGAAAAAGGGUUUUAUACAGAGAAAGAUGCAAGCACACUUAUCCGACAAGUGUUAGAUGCUGUUUUCUAUCUUCACAGACUUGGAAUUGUACACAGAGAUUUAAAGCCUGAAAAUUUAUUAUAUUUCAGCCAAGAAGGAGAGUCAAAAAUUAUGAUAAGUGAUUUUGGUCUCUCAAAGAUGGAAGGUAAAGGAGAUGUUAUGUCCACAGCCUGUGGAACACCUGGGUAUGUUGCUCCAGAAGUCCUAGCCCAGAAACCCUAUAGCAAAGCAGUAGACUGUUGGUCCAUUGGCGUAAUUGCAUAUAUUCUACUUUGUGGGUAUCCACCUUUCUACGAUGAGAAUGAUUCAAAAUUGUUUGAACAGAUUCUGAAGGCAGAUUAUGAAUUUGAUUCUCCGUAUUGGGAUGAUAUUUCUGAUUCAGCUAAAGAUUUUAUCAGUCAUUUGAUGGAAAAGGAUGCAAACAAGAGAUACACUUGUGAACAGGCCCUGAGACACCCAUGGAUUGCUGGAGAUACCGCUCUCUGUAAGAACAUACAUGAAUCUGUUAGUGCUCAAAUCCGUAAAAACUUUGCAAAAAGCAAAUGGAGGCAAGCAUUUAAUGCUACUGCGGUAGUCAGACACAUGAGAAAAUUGCACCUUGGAAGCAGCCAAGACAAUUCGAGUAUGUCAAGUAGACACAACCCUGCAAGCCCACUUCCAGAUGGAACAAGUCGUAAAGACUGUAAGUCCCCAGCUAGCCCAUACAGCUUCCUGUCCGGAGUAACCUCAUCUUCACCUAUUACAGCAGUAGGUGGAGAUCAUAGGCCGAGACCAGCCUCAAUUACAACAGUACAUACUGGAAGCAAAUAAGCAGCCAAAGAUCGAGUCAGGGAGCAGACUCUCUUCAUUUGAUUUAAUUCUGAAUUGUGCACUGCAGGAUGGACUCAUAGUAUAUAAAAGGAAAUUUUUUAUGGCCAUAUUUUAUACUUCAACAGAGAUGGUUUCAUUAUUAUAAACUGCAAUGGCUCCAGCUCCAAUAAGGCAACAUAGUUUGACUAUAUCUGCUGCUGUAUGAGUCUUGCAAAAUUCUUACUACUGGACAUUACUUUUUUUUUCUGAUAAUUUGCUUUAUUUUCAAUGUGGGUAUUGGUAUUGUAUAUGUUGUGUUUUUUUUUUUUUCAUUAAUUGAGGUCUUAACUGGAUUAUUUAAUUAAUAACUAAGUUAGGUGGUUUACUUUAUUUUAUGCUACUAUGAUAUUUUGCAUUGAAAUCGUGUUCUUUUAUUUUUUUUUUCUCACAAAGAAAGAGAAUAUAGUAAGAACACAAUGAUAUUCUGAAAAAAAAAAUCUUAGACAAUAUUUGCAAUUGACUACACUGGAACAUACUGCAGUAUUUAAACAAUGACACCUCUUUAUGAAAAACCAAGUCAGUUUUUGCCCCCUCAUCUGAUGUCUCAUUUGUGUUUAAGACACCAAAUUUAACAGGAAAACACAUUGAUGAUCUAUUCUUUUUAACAGCUAUCGAUGUGAGAUCUGUGGAAGUCUAACCUUUAGGAAUCCCUCUGCUCAGCAGAACCAUAGGGCUGUGGUUUUUCUGCACUCAGAGUGGGUUAAGCUGCAACACCAAUACUUAUAGACCACCUAUUGGUCUAGUUUUUGGACUUUGCAAAUUAAUUCUAAUAAUUAUCAGCUGCUGAAGUAUAGUUGUUCUUUUCUGUAUGGCAACAGUGCUCUCUGCUGACAUCUCUGCUUGUCUCUGGAAUUGCACAGAGUAGAAGCGGUUUGCUAUGGGAAUUUGCUUCUACUCUGGACAGUUCCCAAGACAGGUGUCAUCAGAGAGCACUUAGACAGAAAAGAACAACUCAACUUCAGCAGCUCAUAGGUACUGAAAGGAUUAAGAUUUUUUAAUAGAAGUAAUUUACAAAUCUGUUUAACUUUCUGGAGCCAGUUGAUGUUAAACUGUUUCAUCUUCUUUGUACAGCAAAUUGGGGAUCAGGUUUUUACACUACACUGGCCCAGAUAUAUUUUAAUCUGCCUGAAGCAAAAACUGUCUGGUUUUACCCAGAACAACCAAUUACAGUUCAGCUUCUAUUUAACCAGAGCUUAUUAAGAUAAGAAAGCUGAGCUGUGAUUGGUUGUUAUGGGCAAAACGUAUAUAAUGUAUAAACACCAAAAAUGUAUCAGAGUUUACUUUCUGCGACUCUCCAAAAUAUAUUUUCUGAAUGUUUUUUUUCCAAGACCAGGUAUAGGGAAGCUUAUUUAAAAGGGCUCUGCAAUUAUCAGUAGGAAACUAGCUCUUAUGUUAUAUUUUACAAAAAAAAAACACUCUUUCUCACAUGCAAGGCAAGACAAAUAUGCAUUAUGCCACAAAGAAGAUGCAGAUGUACAAUGACAAUGCACAUUUUAAAAUCUAAAGUCGAAAUACAGUGUUUGUGAAAUGUAAAUUACAUAAUGUGUCAAAUGUUUUAUGAAAGAUUUUGCACAAAAUUGUGAACUUCUGAAAGUUGCUAUUUGCAGUGGUUUUAACAUUGUUCUGUAAUGUCAUGCUAAAAAAAAAACUGGCCAACACUCUGACAUUACUCUUUGUUUAGAAGGUCUAAAGCUACACAGAUUUAUUGUAUUGAAUUUAAAAGCAAGACAUAAUCCAUUAAACUUUUGUAGCACAGGGUUUAGAAGGUGAUGGGUGUUAUAGUUAGCAGACAGAUGCUUUUUAAAGUGGGUUCCAUAGACUUUACUCUGUUAGCUGGCAUUUUGUUUCAGAACUUCAUGCAAAAGUAUUUUAAGAUACUUUUUUUAGUCAUUAACUUUUUUUUGUCAUGUAUUGUUUUUAAUAAUUUAUUUUUCUUUUCUUUUUUAAAUAAAAAAUAUCCUAUUUUAAUACAUUUUCUGUUACUAUUACCUUAUAUCUAAGGGUAAAAACUAUCAGAAAAUAAUGGACAUAACUAUUUUAAGUAUGAAAAUUAUUUUUUUGUAAAUAACAGAGUUUACAGUGUUCAAAAUUGAAACAUUUGUAAAACAGAACAUUUUUGCUUAAAGGAUCACUGAGUUUUCACAAUUUUUUUUUUACAUGUCCUAGGAAGCGUUUAGAAACCUGACUGAUCGUUAGAACGAGAUAGGAGAAGGCCACCCUAAGCGCAUUUGCUCCCGACUCUGUGUCAUUUGACCAAGACGGCUUCAUAACGUAACUCUAUGGGCCGUAUUGGAGCAUAUGCACAGCGAGCGGGAGGAAGUAGCACUCGGCCGUGUACUUCUCCCCUCUGAACACUCAGACCCCAAUUGAUCAAAUCUUUUGACAAGUCCCUAGGAAAUGUCAAAUAUUCUGUGAAAGCUCAGCUACCUUUUAAAUAAAAAAAAUUUCAAAAAAUAAAAACACACAAGAUUUCCAACUAGAUCCUUCCGUGGAGAUGAAUAAAAAUAAUAAUUUGAUGUUAAGGUUAUCAUAUCUACUGAUGUGUUUUGGAAGGUAAUAAAUAAAUUAUAAUCUAGUGUAUACUAUUUUAAAGAGAAUAUAUCACCUCUAUUGUUUUUACUAAUUAAAACCAGAUAGUGAUACACAUUCUCUUUUUUCGAAUCUUUGUUUUUUCUAAUUGUAGAUUUUCAUGUUUCAUAUUUUGUAUAAGAUUAUGGGGCAUGAGUUUCUAUUAACAGUAUUCAGAGAUAUGCUUUAUAUCAGCUACAUGGACCAUAGGAGCAUGUAGUCUGGACUUUUAUGGAGUGUUCUGGACAUGUUCUGUGACUAGUACAGAGAAAAGAAAAUGAUCUGUAUCCAUAACUUAUUAUCAAAAGAAACCUCUCAUCACUUUUCUGUUUCCUGCACCACAAGUCAUCAGAGCAGGCCCUAGUGGCUUCUUCUCUCUGUGCUGACCUUGAUUGACAGAUCUCUGCCUUUACCAAGAGAGUGAAAGAUACAUAAGUCAAAGUUGGUGGGGUAGAAUAAAGCCAAUAGGCCCUGCCUGGUGACCCAUGGUUUAGGUAGCCUUAAGUGAUUAAUGGUUUAAUGGUGUUCCCUUUUAAGAAGCUGUGUUCCCUUUAAAGCAAUUGUGAAUUUAAACCUUCGACACCAGGAUGGCUGAUUGAGAUUAUAUUUAAAUGUGAAACGUUGUUAUUAUCUGUACUGUUCGGAGAAUAUUUUUUCACGUUAACAAAAUACACUAUUUAAAAGAAAAAAAAAUUAGAUGCUGAAACUUCCAAAACUUUCCUAUUGUAAAACUUUGAAUGUGUGCUAGUCUUGUGUGCAAGUCUUAAAGGGGUACUCCGCCCCUAGACAUCCAAAGGAUAGGGGAUAAGAGAUCUGAUCGCAGGGGUCCCACUGCUGGGGACCUCCACAAUCUCUCCUGCAACACCCCCGUUCUUUAGCUGCAUGGAGCGAAGAUCGCUCCGUGGCUGAUGAUGGGUGAUACAGGGGCCGGAGUAUCGUGAUCUCACGGUCCUGCCUCCUCGUGACGUCACUCCCUGCCCCCUCAAUGCAAGUCUAUGGGAGGGAGCUUGUUGCAUUGAGGGGUCGGGACAUGAUGUCACACCUGUCAUCAGCCACGGAGUGAUCUUCGCUCCAUGCAGCUGAAGAGCCGGGGUGCUGCAGGAGUGGCGGGACCCCCGCGAUCAGACAUCUUAUCCCCUAUCCUUUAGAUAGGGAAUAAGAUGUCUAGGGCUGGAGUACCCCUUCAAAACUACUGUCUUUAGACACCAUUUUAAGUGAAUUAUGAUACCCACAAGUGAGUACAACCUCACCAUUUGUUGAACAUAGACCUUGUUAUGUCAAGUUGUAUGCUUUGUUUUACAAAGUUGCCUCAUUAGACCUUGUUAGAUUACAGAGACCAAAAACAUCAAAAUCUUUAAUGGCUCUUUCAUUUCACUUCAUGUGCAGUGAAGACAUGCACCACCAUAACUUUUUGUUCAAUAGGGAUUAGCCAUAGCUGUAUUUUUUUCUCUCUCAUAUUUAAUAUUUUCACCAUAACGUCAAAGUGUUUGACGGAGUAUGCUGACUUGUGGGCAAUUCAGUUUUUAGCUUUACCAUGUGAACUGUAAAAUUAAACGUUAAAUGUCAACGAUUUUAUUAUAAUUAAAAAAACAACAAAAGGGGUGGAAGGGUGGGAAGCAUCCAAGAAGGCAGCCAGUAAUAUGGGGAGGAGCCACAGGUACCCUGCAGGUACUCCAUUGUAGAUCCACCAUUGUAGGUCCAGUAUUAAUGUGAAACAUGCUCCUCCUGCUUUUCCCUGCCGUCCUGAUGCUUGUGUGUAUCUGCAAACACUGUGAAUAAGGUUAAAGGUGGUGUCGGUGGUGGUAGGGGGUCUUCCAUCAUGAAUUAUUACUAAUCAUAUUGUCCAGUGUAUUCUCUGAUUGCUCCUAUUGGCCAAACGGAACAAUAUUUUGUGUACUUUUCAUUUGAGCAUAUUAAAUAAUAUGGAUCAAUGGCUUCCAGUGCAGCAAUUCAAUGAUGCAUGAAAUUUACAACUUAAAAGCCUGGCAUAUAUAAGAGCAGCAUGUCACAGGAACAGGUCUACUUGCCUAUUAGACAAAAUGGGCCAAAAAUAUUAUGGUAUUUGGCUAAUAGGAGCAAUCAAUAAAUUAGGCAGACUCGGAGCUUGGAAUGGAGCUUAGCAUUUCCUUGUGCUGGACACAGGAGAGAAAGAGACAGACUAUCUACCUGCAUCUGCGAAUGUCUAAAGGCUCUGCACUGCCCAUACAAGGUAAAUUAGGGUAUCUAUUACUAGUCAAAAAGUCAGAAAAACCUAUGCAUGAAGGAAGCCUCUUACAAUUCAUUACUUACAAAAAUUACAGUUGUGCUCAUAAGUUUACAUACCCUUGCAUAAUUUAUGAUUUUUCAUCCAUUGUUCAGAGAAUAUGAAU